AUGGGAAUUUCAACAAGGUCGAGACACAAUUAUGGCUAUAAAGUCAUUAUUCUGACAAUUUUAGUGAUUGCUACGAUUGUUAGACCAAACGAAUCGACACAAAUCCCGGCCAAUAAAAACCAAGUGGAGAGCUGGUUCCAUGAGAAUGUGAAGCCUGCUGCGGCGAGAAAAGGCACCUUAGACCCCGUCCUAGCAGAAGCAGAAGCUGGAGCUACUAUCAUCAAGGUGAAAAAAGAUGGAAGUGGAAAUUUCAAGAGGAUAAAUGAUGCUAUCAAGAGCGUACCAUCCGGGAACAAGAAGAGGGUAAUUAUAUGGAUUGGAGCUGGAGAUUACUUUGAGAAAGUCAUCAUUGAUAAAACCAAACAAUUCAUUACCUUAUAUGGAGAACCUGGAAAGACACCAAGAAUCAUGUGGGAUGAUACAGCAGCUGAACUUGGAACGUUUGGAAGUGCUACGCUUAUCGCCUUACCGGAUUAUUUCAUGGCUGUUAAUCUUAUCAUAGUGAAUUCUUCACCAAGGCCUGAUUAUAAGAAAACGAAAGGGCCACAGGCGCUUGCGAUGAGAAUCGAUGGGAACAAGGCUGCAUUCUACAACUGCAGAUUCAUUGGCUUCCAAGACACAUUGUGUGAUGAUAGAGGCUUCCAUUUCUUCAAGGAUUGCUACGUUGAAGGAACUGUUGAUUUCAUUUUUGGAAGAGGAACCUCCUUAUAUUUGAAUUCAGAAAUGCACGUGGUUGAUGAUAAGGGAUUAAGGGUAAUAACAGCGCAAGGAAGGAACAGUCCAACAGAUACCAGUGGAUAUUCGUUCGUGCACUGUAAAAUUACAGGGUCGGGAACAGGAAUAUACUUGGGCAGGGCUUGGAUGGCGGCUCCGAAGGUGGUCUAUGCCUACACCGAGAUGGGCAAUGUCGUCAAUCCAGAAGGAUGGAGCAAUAAUUUCCAACCCGAACGCUCAAAGACUGUUUUCUAUGGCGAAUACAAGUGCACAGGACCUGGUGCGAGUACCGAUCAUCGGGUUAAGUACACCAAGAAAUUAACUGAUGCAGAAGCUCAAAAAUUCUUGGUUCUUGACUAUAUUCAGGGAUCUCAAUGGCUUCUGCCUCCCCCAAAAGUGUAA